AUGGACUUCAAGUAUAGCCCUCCGGGCAACUCCCCCGAGCUUGUAACAAACAUGUUUACCGAUCUCGACAACUUCGACGGGGCCACGAUGCAACAAUUCAUGUACUAUCUCUCUUCUCGUCUUCGGGGGGCGGGUCUCGCAUACGCCCACCAAUUCGCAAAAUUGACCAUCGAUCAAAGGGCGGAAUUUCUCAGAAUUCUCUUCGAGGAAGUGACUUGGGUAACCACCCUCUUUGGAUUUGCGGCCGCCCGUUUUCCAACCAUAAAGCCCGGCGACACUCAUCGAGAAUUGACUUCCCUUGUCGCCUACCUCCGCUUUGGUGACCCAAUGCCUAUCCUUGCCGCAUGCACCGCCAACAACGAGGAAGUACCCGACCGUCUUCUCGCACAUUUUGAAUGCAAUUGGUGGGAACCCUUCGACCCCACAAAAAAUUGGGAUGCCAGCAACGUAUCAUUUAUCGCAAAGACAUUUCGCCAUCAGCGCCAUUUUCUUCUCCCGCUCAACAAGCCCCCGCUUCCCAGCAACCGCCUGGCGGACCUGAGCACCAGGCAACUCGCCCAAUGCGCUGACUCCAUCGCCAAAUGCUCCGAAAUCGUCGCCAAAGAUAUCGACCUCACCGCACGAGAAAUUUCUAAGGCGGUGAAUCUCUUCUGCCGUUGGAAAGCCCUCUGCGUCAAGGCUAGGCUAGAAGAGGACCGUCGCCGACAUGCAGCUCGGGUUGAGGGACUUAGCAAACAUGGGCUGUCGCGGGAUGUGGUGGCGGAUGUCUUGGCACUACAAUUGGCAUUCACAGCCUUCGCCCGUGACCCUACCGGCCGCCUUUGGAAAUCCCGACAAAACCAAUUUACUGCAGAGUUCCUACAGGCGUUGCAUUUCGUUGGGAUGUCCCAAAUGUUUCCGAUGGGCGACUACGUGAACGAGUUCACCGCCAAGCUAGUUGAGGAUUGGGACGUCAUUUUCGACGAGGUAGAAAAAGGGUCCCGCCCCGACUAUUCAAAGGCGGAAGGAUGGCUUAUAGAUCCACUGCCAUUCCAUGAGGUGAUGCCGCUGGCCUGGUGGAAGUGGAAUGGUAUUGACCUGGAAGAGGAUACAGCCGCUGGUCACCCGCCCCCAAAGCACUUGAACGGCAUACAGGAGUCCUUAACCGCCUGGAGGGCUUAUUGCACUCUCCUUACCUCUCAGGGUCCGUCCGUCAGUUACACGCCAGACUAUACCGACUCGAUGGCCGACUGCCUGCAAGGACUGGCUAGUUAUCGCGAUGGAGCGGCCGACAUGUUAGACAGCAACUCUCAGUCGGUGAUUCCAACCCUUCAGGCCGCGGUCAACCGCAUUUCGGACAUCUGCCUCUACCCACUCUAUCUGGGGUGGCAUCACAUUGGCUCCAGGGAAACCACGCUCGCUCGACGGAAAGAAUAUUACAGGAGGCGGGAAAUAAGCGGCAUUUCUGAACGCGGCAAUUCCGUCAGAUCCGCCCCCGCCCGAUUGAAUACCGCCACGUCGGCAGCAGAAUUGCCCGCCCGAUGGAAUACCGCCACUUCGGAAGCGCAAUUCCCCGCCCUGAAAACGCCGCAUCUCCAAGAGGACAGCUCAGGCAGCGUUACCAUUUAG